AUGAAGCUCAUCACUGUCAAUUUCCUAGCCUGUGCUGUGAAGGGGUGCAAAACAGCAGCAGCAUCAUAUCCGCUGCAUUUUCGAGAUGCGGAAUUAGAAUUGCAAGAACUUGAGUUCCAGCCAGAGUUCAUACUGAAUAUUAUUCCUCGGAUUGAUUGGGAAGGCCUGCGAGUCAUGGCAAAUGAGCUCGGCUUUCCCAAAAUUCCUGACACUAAACCGGAAGGUGAUGCGCUUAAUGAUGAGCAGCUUCUAAAGGAACUCCACAAGCUCUUGUUGGAAACACAAGUUGUUGAAGGAAGAUUGUGUUGCGGAAAUUGCGGCCACGAAUAUAUGAUCAAGGAAGGAAUCGCUAACUUUCUUCUUCCUAGUCAUUUGGGUCUGAUAAUCCUUUCCGGUUGA